GAAUGGCCCCGGCUUUAAUGCGGAAUUCUGCGCCAAGGAGCCCCAAAAACAAAGACAGCAGCCGCGGCGGCAAGCGCACCUGUCCAAGGCUCCAAGCCAAGCGCGCCUCAGCCAAACCAAACCCAUCGACGCCUCUUGUCCAAAGCUACGCCCCCCGCGGCUGCGUCCUGCCCUGUUUGACUAGGAUGAGACGCCGCGCUCGCCGGCCAGCAAAGAAGUAGGAGUACUCGCAAAGCUUCUGCUUGGGUGCGGGAUGCGGACCGCGGCGGUGGCGGCAGCGCUGAUGGUCCUCCUGCCGUGGGUGCUGCCGCUGCAUGCGGCAGCCGCGGGCAACGGGAGCUGCGCGCGGAGCUGCGGGGGCUUGACGGUGCAGUACCCGUUCGGCUUCUCCCCCGGCUGCGAGAUACCGCUGGGGUGCGACGACCAGAAGAACGGCACCGGCACCGCGUGGCUCGGGGCCGAGCGAGGCCUGGGCCUGCUCGUGUCCAACGUCACGGCGCGCGCGCUCUUCCUCGCCCUCCUCCCGGACUGCUCCCGCCGGCUCAACGCCUCCGUCAAGGAGCUCUUCUCGGAAAACUACGCGCCCGGUCCCCAGAACACGCUCCUCGUGAGCUCGUGCAACCUCGCCGCGCGCACCAACAACUGCAGCGUCCCGCCCGCGACCUACCUCAACCACAGCUCGUCCCACUGCUUCCACGGCGCUAAAGCGGAGAACUUCAGCUGCGUCCAUCCGCCCAGCGGCAACCGUUUCUUGAACAAAACCGAGAUACGGGCGCUCGGCUCCGAAUGCACCGGCCUGGUGUCGGCGGCGAGCUACUGGGCCUCUCCGGCGCCUACACCGGCGAUACUGCUGGGCGUGAUGGAACUGGAGUGGUGGAUGCUCGGGCCGUGCAGCUGCGCGCCCAAUGCCAACUGCAUCGCGGUGAGCACUCCAGACUCCCGGCAGGCGUUCCGGUGCGACUGCAUCGAGGGGUUCGAGGGCGACGGCUUCCCCGACGGCACCGGCUGCCGGAGAGUUUCAGUGCCCAACGCCAGGUGCAAUCCUUCAAAAUACCUAGCAGAAGACUGUGGAAAGACGGCCCAAAUCGCCCUUCUUGUGGCAGGAAUCGUGUUUGGAGCCAUGGUGACCUGCGUGACCUGCGUGGUGUACCAGCUGCUGAAGCGCCGGUCCGCGUCCAUCCGGACGAAGCGCAGCACGAAGCGGCUCCUGUCCGAGGCCUCCUGCGCGGUGCCUUUCUACUCGUACCGCGAGAUCGACCGCGCCACCGACGGCUUCUCCGACGCCAAGCGCCUGGGCACGGGCGCCUACGGCACCGUGUACGCCGGGCGCCUCGGCGACGGCCCCCUCGUGGCCGUGAAGCGGAUCCGGCAGCGCGACAACGACGCCGGGCUCGGCUGCGUGAUGCACGAGGUGAAGCUGGUGUCGUGCGUGUGCCACCCCAACCUUGUCCGCCUCCUCGGCUGCUGCAUCGAGCAGGGGCACCAGAUCCUGGUGUACGAGUUCAUGCCCAACGGCACGCUGGCGCAGCACCUGCAGCGGGAGCGCGGCCCCGCCGCGAUGCCCUGGACGGUCCGCCUCCGCAUCGCCGCCGAGACGGCCAAGGCCAUCGCGUACCUGCACUCGGAGGUGGACCCGCCCAUCUACCACCGCGACGUCAAGUCCAGCAACAUCCUGCUGGACCACGAGUACAACUCCAAGGUCGCCGACUUCGGGCUGUCGCGGCUGGGCAAGGCGUCCCUGGGGGACUCCUCGCACAUCUCCACGGCGCCGCAGGGCACGCCGGGGUACGUCGACCCGCAGUACCACCAGAACUUCCACCUCUCCGACCGCAGCGACGUGUACAGCUUCGGCGUCGUGCUCGUGGAGAUCAUCACCGCCAUGAAAGCCGUCGACCUGAACCGGCCGCCCAGCGAGGUGAACCUGGCGCAGCUCGCCGUGGACAGGAUCGGCAGGGGCCGCGUCGACGACAUCGUCGACCCGUACCUGGACCCGCACCGGGACGCGUGGACGCUCUCCUCCAUCCACAAGGUGGCCGAGCUGGCGUUCCGGUGCCUCGCGUUCCACAGCGAGAUGAGGCCGUCCAUGGCCGAGGUCGCCGACGAGCUGGACCAGGUGCAGCGCAGCGGGUGGGCGCCGUCGGCGGACGACGCCGCGUUCAUGUCGACGUCGUCGUCGAUCUGCUCGUCGUCCGCGGCGUCGACGCGCGGCACGGACAGGUCGUGGGGCGCCGGCAGGAGCCGGACGGAGAGGGAGAGGGCCGCGGCCAAUUCCUCGGCCGUGCAAGAUCAGACGGCCAAGGACGCGGCGGAGUCACCUGUGUCCGUGCACGAGAGGUGGUUCAGCGACAGGAGCUCCCCUUCCUCCAACAGCUUGCUGGGCAAUCGCUCCCAGCACUGAACUGAAACACGACGACAUUGCUAUCUGGUUGCUUCUCCAGUACGUGUACUCCAAGUAUCAGCUAGCUUAGUUAGAUAUAUACUCGUACAUUUAGGACGAUUAGUUGUUUGAUCUGUUCUUGGGCAUCAAUUGCUCGUUUUCUCUUUCUUUCCCCUUGAUUUGGGACAAUCUGUAAAUGAGAUUUAGUCUCGCUCCGUCCUCAUACCAGGUAUAGUAUCUGAGUAUAUCGAUCGCUCACCGUACGUGACCGGAUUCGGGCUAAUACUUUGGAAUCAGUACGUGACCGGGGUGCCGAUAGAUUUGCCAUCAGAGGUACUUUGCAUUAUGUUUAUUUAUUUAUAUAAAUAUUUAAUAUUUGUAGCAAAUAUGAAUAGUCAGACAGAAGAGGAAGUAGCAUACAGCAUGGUGGCUUUGUGCUCAA